GGAAACGAGCGGGAGCGGGAGAGCAGCAGGGCGUCCGCUCGCUUAAACCCUCAGGCCCACCCCUAGUUAAUCCUUUAGAUCCCGUGUCACCGAACGUAGAGUCGUUUCUCCAAGAUGGCACAUUGUGUGACAAAAGUACAGUUGACCAUUUCCUGUGAGAAUUUGAUGGACAAAGAUGUUGGUUCAAUGUCAGACCCACUAUGUGUUUUACUUCAAAACACUGAGGCAGGCGACCAGUGGAUGGAGCUGGACCGAACAGAGAGGGUUAAAAACUGCCAGAGUCCCCAGUUUGCCAAGAAACUGGAGGUGGAUUAUUUCUUUGAGCGUGUGCAGAAAUUGAAGUUUGGCAUUUACGAUAUUGACAAUAAAUCCACAAAUCUGAGUGAUGACGACUAUCUGGGAGGAGUUGAGUGUACACUGGGCCAGAUUGUCUCCAGUAAGUCAUUCACUCGGCCUCUGCAAUUGAAGAAGGGGAAGUUGGCUGGAAAAGGGAACAUCACUGUAGUGGCUGAGGAGAUCCGGGAUAAACGGUCUGCAGUUCUACAACUGGAAGCAAGAAACCUGGAAAACAAGGAUUUCAUGGGGAAAUCUGAUCCAUUUCUGGAGCUCUACAGGCAGGGAGAUGGUGACAAAUGGCAACUAGCGUACCGAUCAGAGGUUAUUAAGAACAAUCUGAAUCCGAACUGGAAGCCUUUCUCUGUCUCUUUGCAGUCGCUGUGUAACGGAGAUAUGCAGAAGCCCAUUAAGGUGACCUGCUCUGACUAUGAUGGUGAUGGCUCUCAUGAUCUGAUAGGCCUUUUUGAAACUAACUUCUCUAAGCUACAGGAAGUGGAAAUGGGGAAUCCGAUUGAGUUUGAAUGCAUUAACCCAGAGAAGAAAAAGAAGAAGAAGAGCUACAAGAACUCUGGCAUUAUUCGGGUUCGAUCUUGCAAGCUGGAAACUGAAUACUCCUUCCUGGAUUACGUUAUGGGUGGAUGUCAGAUUAAUUUCACAGUCGGUGUCGACUUCACUGGAUCAAACGGAGAUCCCCGCUCCUCAGACUCGCUACAUUACAUCAGCCCGAGUGGAGUCAACGAGUACCUGAGUGCCAUCUGGUCUGUCGGCCAGGUUGUGCAGGAUUACGAUACAGAUAAGCUGUUUCCUGCAUUUGGGUUUGGGGCUCAAGUUCCUCCCGAUUGGAAGGUUUCCCACGAGUUUUCCUUGAAUUUUAAUGCCACCAACCCAUAUUGUCAAGGAGUACAGGGGAUUAUUGAUGCGUAUCGAAAUGCUAUUGUCAACGUCAGGCUAUAUGGACCGACCAACUUCUGUCCCAUUAUAACCCACGUGUCGCGAUUCGCUGCUGCUUCCACUCAGGCAGGGACGGCUGCGCAAUAUUACGUUCUGCUGAUUAUCACCGAUGGGGAGAUUACUGACUUGGACCAGACACGGAAUGCGAUUGUUGAAGCCUCAAAGUUGCCGAUGUCCAUCAUUAUAGUUGGUGUUGGCAGCGCGGAUUUCAAAGCCAUGGAGUUCCUUGAUGGUGAUGAUGGUGUCCUGAAGUCGCUGGCCGGAGAGCCUGUCGUCCGAGACAUUGUGCAGUUUGUCCCCUUCAGACAGUUUCAGAACGCUCCGAAGGAAGCCCUGGCCCAGACUGUCCUGGCAGAGGUGCCUAAGCAGCUAGUGUCAUACUUCAAGAUGAGAAAUCUGGCACCACUGAAUCCACCGAAGCCAGCCCAGUAACCCUUCACCCGGGACAUGGGCUGCACUGUGUCUGUGUAACGUUUGCACCAACCUCUGUAUACACGCACACAGACACCCACAUGUUAUAAUCGGGGACCAGAACCUCUUCUGAUGUCGGUCACAUACAAGUAUACCCAGUGUUGCCAACUUUUUUCGAAUCCUGCAGAUUGUAGAAGUUUGUUUUUAAACACUUAACCUUGACAUAGCAGAUUUUAAAAUGCAGUUUUCCAUAAUCCUCCUCUGUGAACUACAAGGCUUAAAAUUAUAUGCAAGUACCUGUUGCCAGUCUGUAAACAGUUCUGGGAGGACUGGGGCUUUACUGAUAGCCCACCAGAACUGACUUACAAUCGUCAUUUUUUUACUAGAUUAGAUUCCCUACAGUGUGGAAACAGGCCCUUCGGCCCAAUCAGUCCACACCGACCCUCUGAAGAGUAACCCACCUAGACCCAUUUCCCUCUGAUUAAUGCACCUAACGCUAUGGGCAGUUUAACAUGGCCAAUUCACCUGACCUGCACAUCUUUGGACUGUGGGAGGAAACCCACACAGACAAAGGGAGAAAUGUACAAACUCCAUACAGACAGUUGCCCAAGGCUGGAAUCGAACCUGGGACCCUGGUACUGUGAGGCAGCAGUGCUGCUGACUAGUGGCUUUGCGGGCUGGGGAUGUGAAACCUAUCCAAGUUCUCAAUGCAAGCUGUUUGCUGGCUUAUUCUUCAAUGUGACCUAUCGGAUUCUAUUUCUUGGUUGAGGAAUUUGGUUUGGAGCAUGAUCUAAACACAUCUGUUCCCCUGCCCCAGCCCCGCCCACUGCUCUGUGCUAGCAUGCGGCUGCCUUUUCACUCCGGCUGGCGUUUAAUACCCAGCUUUCUUUGGGGCUGAAAGGCAGGUGAGGCCCCUCUGGUUUAUCUGGUCCUGGGCUGGAUUCACACCACAUUCCACAACAGCCAGGGGUUCACAGACACUUGGUUUCAUUUUCCAGAUAGCCUAAUCAGUAACCGCCUCAAUUUGGGUUCCAUCUCAGACUGAGUUGUCUAGUUUAUAAGUCGUUUUGUCCUUGACUGUUUGCUCUGUUUAUGUCAUUGUGUAUCUGAGAGAGCUUUGUGAAAACCAAUAUUGACUCUAACUGUUCAGUGCAUUCUCUGCUGCCUCGCACAGCUGACUUUCCAAAGCUUUAAUCACUGCUGCAUGCACUUUAUAGAGAUGUUGCUAAUGGAUUUACAAUAAUCGAGUAUCUGGGUACUAUAGGUGGCAAUUGGCUUUAGAAUGCUUUCAUUCCUGUUCUUGAAAAGGCAGUGAAUGUAUGAAGACACUGUGAUCUGUAACCAAGUUUCCUGGGGUUGGUAUUUUUCAGCUAUUAGCUUUUGACCUGUUAUUGUUUUCUGCUGCAGUGUUUUUUCACUAUUUUCAGUCUGUCAGUGGGUACUGGUUAAUGUCUGUAUGUUGGCAGGUUAUGAAAUUGCAUUAUUUAUCUUGCAUUGGGACAAAAUACUUUUUAAAAACUGUUUUGUUUGUCAAUGUUUUAGUUUUUAUACUUUAUGCAACAUUAAAUGCAAAGAGGUCAUUUUUCUACAGCGGUAGUGGGUGGGUUUGGGGAACAGAUGGAAAUGCUCCCAAUUUGCCAAAAUUAAACACUUGCCUUUGUGAAUAAUUGGCCGGUUCCUGUUCAAUUGUCAUCAAGAGGUCUCCAGCUGCCUUUCCCUGGGCCGCCUCCGACAGUUCCCCCACCUGUUGGUGGGGUCAGUCCCUGACACCUUACAUUUGUACAGUCUGUAACUAAGCUGGUCAAGUUUGGAGUCAGCUCUUUCCUCUUCCAAGUUAGUAUCACUUUGGUGAAUUACAUUAGCCAAGUUAAAAAUCACACAACACCAGGUUAUAGUCCACCAGGUUUAAUUGGAAGCACACUAGCUUUCGGAGCGAUGCUCGUUCAUCAGGUGGUUGUGGGGGGCUCGAUCGUAACACAGAGACACUGCAAAAUUUUUAAUAUAAAUUCUGUGUUACGAUCGAGCCCUCC